AUGUGCGAGAAGGAGAUAGUGUUGAAAUUGGCGUGGAGGUAUGCUCUAGGGGAUUAUGAAAUUGUAGUGGCCCUUCUUGCUGCUGGUAAAGUAUCAGUCAAGCCAUUGAUUAGCAGCACAGUCCCAUUCAAGGAUGCGUCGAUAGCGUGGGAACGAAGCAAGAGGGGGGAGGGAAUCAAGAAUUUGAUUGCAGGAAUCUAA